UCGUUGGCCAACACUAAGUUAUGUAGAAACAGCUGUUCGCUGGGAAGGUUCAGCAGAAUCAAACAACAAAGAAUUUUCCAACUUAUACUAUACGGCGAUAUAAAUAGGCAGCACGGUUGACCUUGACGUUGGGCGAUGUCUAGCCCCCAUAUCAACUACCGCUCCCUGGCCGAGGAGGCGGCCAGUCCGUUCCUGGAGCAUCAUUCCUCCGCAGGCCAAGGCCCAACAAAAACACAAGACGCAAAAGCGAACGCAGCUGCUGCGCAUUUAGACCCCCUCGGUGAGCAUGGUUUGGAACACGCGCUGGAGGAGCCCGACACAGAGCACGAGGGUGAGGACACGCCUAGGAAUAGUGGCGUCAUGAUUCACAUGGUUCCGGAGACGGGGCGUGCGCGGUGGAACCACAUCGAGGACCUAGAUUCGUUCUUCUCGCGGAUGUAUCAGUAUCAGCAGAAGCACGGUUUUACUGUGAUUGUUAUUGACGAAAUGCUACAGGUCCUGGAGUUUGGUUUCGUCGUCUGGCUACUUACUGUUGUGAUGCACUGCGUCCGUUUCGACGUACUCUUCGGGGAUACCCUUCCCAUGGGUGACAACCCAACCAAGACCACUUUAUCCGAUGUGUUGGUUCCCACAGGGGAGUGCAUAGCCAGCUUUAACUGGUUCACCUACCUGGUUGUGUUCAUAGCCGCCAUUUACAUGGGCAUCCGGCUGCUAAAAAUGGUCUACCACAUCACUCAGUACGCCGACAUUAAGAGAUUCUACAACUCUGCACUUCACAUUGAGGACUCGGAUCUGGAUAACUUCACCUGGCACGAGGUGCAACAGCGCAUCCGUCGUGUUCAAGCCGAGCAGCACAUGUGCAUCGACAAGGAAUCGCUUACAGAACUGGACAUCUAUCAUCGAGUACUCCGCUUCAAGAACUACCUGGUGGCACUGAUGAACAAGCAACUGCUGCCUGUGAGAUUCCACAUACCGCUGUACGGAGAAGUUGUAUCGCUCAGUCGUGGUAUGUUAUUCAACAUUGAUUUCAUCCUGUUUCGCGGCCCGGGAUCUCCUUUCCAGAACAACUGGCAGCUGCGAGAUGAAUUUGCUGUGCGUAGCAAUCAAACGGAGUUAGCGCAGCGCCUGUCCAAGUUAAUCUUAGGAGUGGCGCUCCUCAAUUUACUGCUGGCGCCUGUGAUCUUUGUCUGGCAGCUUAUCUACUUCAGUUUCUCCUACGCAAACAUCUUGCGUAAAGAGCCAGGUGCCCUUGGGCUGCGAACGUGGUCGAAUUACGGUCGCCUCUACCUGCGUCAUUUCAACGAGCUGGAUCACGAAUUGGAUGCCAGACUAAAUCGAGCAUACGACUACGCCGAUCGAUACCUUAACUCCUUUUCCUCGCCACUGGCCGCUGUGAUAGCCAAAAACCUGCUUUUUAUCAGUGGAGGUCUUCUGCUGCUCAUCCUUGGAUUGGGUAUUUACGAAGAGCACGUCUUCCAAGUGGAGCAUGUGCUCUUUAUCACCGCCGGGCUCGGUGCCAUAGGCGUGGUCUGCAGAACUCUCAUUCCCGAUGAGAACCUUAUAUGGUGCCCGGAACAACUGAUGACCGCAAUUCUGGCCCACGUUCACUACCUGCCCUCAGAGUGGCGCCAGCAGGCGCACACUGCUAAAGUUCGCCAGGAGUUUAGUAACUUCUUCCAGUUCAAGGCUGGCUACUUACUCAGCGAGAUCUUCAGUCCGUUCGUCACACCUUUCGUGCUGAUCUUCGUGUUCCGGCCAAAAGCCAUUGAGUUGGUGCGUUUCUUUAGGACGUUCACCGUAUCAGUGCGGGGAGUGGGCAACGUUUGCUCCUUCGCCCAGAUGGAUGUGCGCAAGCAUGGCAAUCCCGACUGGCAGCUUACCAGCGAACUGGAGGAGAUGACCCGACCUGGAGCUCAGCAGCCGCAUCAGCAGCAAGAGCCGCAGCAGAAGAGUUUGGCUGGCGGAAAGACGGAGAUGUCGCUGCUGCGCUUCACACUCAACAAUCCCGAGUGGCAAAUGCCGAAAGAAGCCAAGCAGUUCCUGCGUGGCGUCAGGGAGCACGCUGUGGGCGAGCUGGUCCAAGCCAAGACUUCAAUGGUGCAGGAGAAUCCGCUAACCAAUAGCCUCAUCUCGUUUGGCACUAUGGGAGCGGACUAUUGUUCCAUUGCGAACUCGGUGCUGACUGCCCAAGUGACGCCACAGCAAUUAGAGAUCUCGCAAUCGCUUCGUCCGGGACUGGGACCCGUGUCUGGAGGAUUUCCCGUCGCAGCCAGCGACUUCCGCCAGAUGUUGCAGCAGAAUCUGUCGGCCAGCGUAGGACCGCUGGACAGUAUGCGCCGGUUGCGUCUCAGCCGGGCUGAAGGUCGCUUGGAGGGUCCUUCGGAUACCCUGCUCUACGGACUCUGUGGCAUGGAUCCGCGUGUAGGCAGCAGUCCCUUGAACGUGGGUGUGGCCGAUAUGUGCCUGAGUGCCCUUUAUCUGCACGAGUUGAACCAGCAGAGGCGCCAGGCGCGUCAAUCCCGCAUCGACGAGGCGGAGGAUGAACGUCCAGGACCAAGCCAUUGGCCGCCUGGUCCACCGAAUGCUCCGUCGACUGCCGGUGGUUCCGGCUCCCGCCAUACCGUGAUUACCUCAAAGGCUGCCGAGAGCACGCCGCUUUUGGGCAGCAUCCGCUCAUAGCAGCGGCCAGAGUGGAUCUAACCACUUGUAGAGCUAAGGACCACCCAUUCUGCUAUUAGUGAUUAAUCUAAGUUUUAAAGUGUAAACGAACGAGCGAACGACGUCGUCUAGUGCGUAGAUAAACUAAUCUGAAACUAAGCUAAACUAAACGAGAAGCAAUAAACUUAACUGCAUUAUCAAAA